AUGCUCUCCCCUGCUGUUCACGUAUGUCUCUCUCUCGGGAAGACCCUGGCUCAGAUUACUGCGGAGCUGGCUCCCAUACCCGCCCUCCUCCCCCUGGUCGAAGUUCUCUGCGGCAUCAUAGAGUGUUGUGAAAAUAUUACCCAGAACAAGAAUGCCGCUAGACAGCUUCGCGAUCGUUGCCAUACGCUGGUGCUAACACUGCGGGACUACGAGGGAAAGAAUGUCGGCAAGAAUAUCGUUCAUGCCAGGAACGCAGUCAAUGAUCGGUUGAUUGAUAUACAGACCAGAAUGUCCGGAUGGGCGAAUCUGGGCAAGCUCAGGAGCUUUGUGGACCAGGACAAAAUUGCGAGAGAUAUCGAACAAUGUCAUGCCGAGAUCAGCGAUACUAUGGCCACUUUUCAACUUGCAUCUCAUUUCGAGAUCCAUGAGUGGAUGGAGGAUUUCAAUACAAACCGACGCCUUGAUCACGCUCAGCUGGUAGAAAGCCUCAGCCAAGUUCAAGAAACCCAGGCCCUUAUCAAGGAAAAGACCAGCGAGAACAAUGACCUCAUCCGUCAAAUGAUGACCCUCUUGCAGAAUUCUAUGGGAGAAAACAAACAGGAGGCUGAACGCGUGCACCAAGGGCUAUCCGCGAACCUUUAUCAAUACCAGUCGCAGUUCAAGACCCUUUUGCCAGAGCUAUACUUGAACUGUGGGGAAGUCAAGAAGAUCAGCGAGUAUCCCAUACGAGGGACAGCGUCAAUGGAUAUAUACGAAGGGCUCUACCUCGAACGAGAGAAGGUUGCCAUCAAGGCAAUACGAUCGAUGAGGUUCGACGAGCAGAGCAAACGCCGCUUCAAACGGGAAGCGGAGAUCUGGAGCGACGUUUGGAAACGGGAUCAGGGAAUGCACAUCGUCCCAUUCUACGGAUAUUGUCAGUUGGACGGACCCUUUCCAUGCAUGGUCAGCCCAUGGCUGAAGAAUGGUGAUGCUCUGGGAUAUGCCAAAGCAAACGACAAGGACCUUGACUAUAGACAGUUCAUCAUGCACCUUGCUCAUGGAGUUGAAGUGCUGCAUAGCAUGGGACUAGUCCAUGGUGAUAUUCGAGCAAAUAAUGUCCUCGUCAGCGACACAGGUCUCCCUCUACUGUCAGAUUUCCGUCUGUCCAAGAUAAUCCAGAGUGCCUCUGGUGCCGCUCCCCUUACCCAAAGCACAAUGAUGGCGGACUCUUGUCGAUACUUCGCACCAGAGACCUUUGGAGAUGAGGGCGGUCUUUCGACUGCUACGGAUAUCUACGCACUGGCGAUGACCGUUCUUGAAGUAUUCCUUCUCCCUUGA